UUUACAUGUUUCUUAAAUUCCGUAAGUUUUCGUCAAGUCUUAACUUUUUUUCUUCGUUUAAUACAUAGUUGCGUGUUGCUAAUUGCAAAUACGCAAAUUAAUUGUACAAAAGCGGGUGGGAAAUCAAAAAAGAAGUGCAAAGCAAAAUUUCAGUGAUCAAACACCGCAGGCAGAAUGGAAUAGUAAUGUUGGUAUUGUGUGGCAGGGGGACUAUGAGGUGGUGAUUCUGGUGAAGUGGUGGGGUGAACAGUGGUGAAGUACUGCCAGGCCAGGCCCAGGCCCUCCGUUCACGACGAAAGUACCAAACAAAACAUGGACGCCAUAGAGAUAAAUACGUCGGAGCCAACGCAAAAUGAGGAGGGUAUCGUAUCUGCGAUGGAAAUAUGCCGUGUUUGCCUGCUUGGAAAUGUUGUGAUGCGAGACCUCUUCCAUGAGAGUGAGGUCAAUUCUUUAUCCGCUAAGGCCAUGAGCUUCGCCAGUGUUAAGAUGAUACCAGGUGACGGUCUACCGGGACAAGUGUGUUGUGUUUGUGCAGACAAACUGGAAUCAGCAUACGACUUUAAAUUGCAAGUCGAACAAGCCGACAGUGUCCUAAGAGAAAAAUAUGAUACACUUAACAUUAAAGAAGAACUAUUUUUCAACGAUGUCGAAGUUCAUUUGGAAGGAGAGAGAACUCGGACGAGGCGUGAAAUAAAUGACAAUGGUGAAUAUGUGGAAACAACUGAAUCACUGCACGAUGUUGGCAGAGAUACACUUUUGAAGGAUCAUCUCGCUCUUUUACAAGUCCAAAAAAUGGCAGAACAAGAAAGCAUGUUGCAAGAAGGUUUUUGUUCAGAUGUAGAACACUUGCAAGAACAUCUUCAAGAAGACUUGCAAGAGGAACACCUACACGAGGAACAUUUACAAGAAGAGCACUUACAAGAGGAACAUUUGCAGGAGGAACAUCUGCAAGAGGAAGAUCUCCAAGAAGACUUGCAAGAAGAGCACUUGCAGGAGGAUCAUUUAAACGAGGAAGACUUGCAAGAAGAACACCUUCACGAAGAUGAUUUACAAGACGAGCACUUACAAGAUGAGCACUUACAAGAGGAGCACUUACAAGAGGAUCACUUACAAGACGAACACUUACAAGAAGAAGACCUACAAGAAGAGCAUCUACAAGAAAACGAAAUCGUUGGAAUACACAAGGAAUCCGAUGAAGCAAUCUUACAGUUGGAACAGAUUUCGCAAUCUGUGCAUCACUUUGCCGAUCAGAGUGACAUCAAGGAUGAAGGACUUCAUGAAACAGAAUCUGCAAACAUGCAAGUGCAAACAUACCUUGAUCAACCAGAUUGCUCUCAGAUGAGCGACGAUGAUUUUAACAACGACGAACCCUUCGCUGCUACUCAAGAGUCUAUGGAAUACACGUCAUCCUUAGCGAAAGAACGAGAAAUAGAUCAAGAACAGGAUCAGGACCAAUUCCAACAAUCGACAGAAGACACAUCUGUUGAGCAAGUAAAUCUCAAUUUGGAACAAGAAUCGCCUCAAAGUGAAACUCGUAGAAGCAAACGCAAAAUCUCUCGUCGUUCAACUACCUCUGACCACAACUCUGACGAAGAGAAUUAUUUCGAAAAUCUGAAUCUCAGUUCACGUCUGAAGAAGACUCAGAUGGAUAAAUCAGAGAAGGUCUUCUUCAUGUGUUACCUCUGUGACAAGGAAUUUCUCUCCAAGGAAGUUUUAAAAGAACACAUGCACUCGCACGAGGAAGUAAGAAGAACCCUUUCCUUGAAAAAGGUGGGAGACAAGCCUCAAAAGGCCACGACACUGCAGAAAAUAACAGCAUCACAAAAAGUAACCACGGCGCCGAAACCGUCGACACCUCUGAAAUCUGCUCCUCCUAUAACAAUGCCACCAUCGGGAAAGAAACCGAACAAAUGUCCUCACUGCGGAAAAGAGUAUCUCUAUAUAAUCUCCUUUAAUAAGCAUCUGAAGCAACAUGAAAAAGAAAACGGCGGCAUGAAGAGCGAAUCAAUGCCACUAGAAGUUAACUUCCGCGUGGAUGACGAUUCUGUUGAUUUUCCCGGUUACGCGAACCCUCCCGGUUCUGAUGACGAAAUAACUGAAACGUGCACAGAUUCAGACGCAGAAGGAAAGGGGGACGAACAUCAAUGCAAGAAAUGCCCGGAGAAAUUCAACACGAAACGAGCACUUCGGAAGCACGCCAUUAAACACAUAAGUUUGAAAUGCUCAGUUUGUGAGAAGCAAUUGGACACUAUGGAAAAGAUGAAGGAGCACCGCACCCAACACGUGACCGAAGGUGUUUUGACGGAAGAAGAUUUGAAGAAGGACCUUGAGAACUUUAUAGAUCUUUUGCAAGAUGAGGACGAAGAUGAUAAAAAAUCGCUCUCGAAACAAGAGACUCACAGCGGAAAGAACAGUUGUAAAAUCGUACAAAAGCACUUGGAGCAGCACGGGAAAAUUAAGUCCUUCAAGUGCACCCAGUGCAAUAAAACUUUCGGCAACGAGCUCACAUUGCGUAAUCAUUUGAUAGCAACGAAUCACAAGACCAUCUUGCACGGUCAAGAGUACGAUCCGAACAAGAGAAUUAAACGAGUCGCGGCAAAGGCUGCACAGAAGAUCAUCGACAAAAUCAAAAUCGAGGACGAGAGUGAUUAUGAAGAGGAGGAUACGAAAAGUAAAGAUAGCAACUAUCGGGAGGAAUCAAAGUCGCCAGGUAAGAGAGCUUAUAAUAAAAAAGUUUUGGAAUGCGCGACCUGUUAUAAGAAGUGCAGUUCUAAGCAAUCCUUGACGAAACACAUGGAGCAGCAUGUCAAGGAUGAAAAGGGAGAUAAAGACAAGAUGAAACAAGAUAGGUCAAUGAAACAAGAUCCUGACAGAACACUGGAUGACGACGAUGACGACGAUGAUCUAGAUGAUGAUUUCGAAAGCGGUCUGGAUUGGCCGAUGGACACUCACGAGUGCCCCACUUGCAAGAAGAGAUACAGUACCAAGAAAUCUUUACUAAGGCACCAACUUUUACACGAAGAGCCGAACUUUGAGUGCGACAUCUGCAACGUGAAAUUCUACCGUAAGGAUAAGUUAAAAUCCCACUACGAUAAAUGUUCGGAGAAAAAUCCGGACCAAGUGCGAAAGUGCAACAUUUGCGGGGAUAGUUUCGAAAAUAAUGAAAUCCUGCGCGAGCAUCGAGCAAAACACGUGACUGAGGGAAUUUUGACGGAGGAGGAUUUGAGAGAGAUCGAACCUAGGCCUGAGGAAAGAAGAUCGGGUGAAAAAGUUGCGAGAAAGAGAAGGACAGACAUUGUGGGUCUCGAGUGUACAGAAUGCAAUAAACAAUAUACUUCUCGAAAGGGCCUCUUGCGCCAUAUCCAAGUCCACGAAGGCAAGAAAUACCUCUGCGAUAUUUGUCCAAAAAAAUUCUACAGAAGGGAACACCUGAAGAUUCACGUAGCCAAGCACAACAUGAUCAAGCCUUACAAAUGUAAUCGGUGUACGAAGCGUUUUAUCAAAGAAGAACAGCUGACAAACCAUCUGUCGAAACACGACAGAACCUUCAAGAAAAACAAGGAAACGGAUAGUUCGAAGAGAUUCCUCUGUGAAAUCUGCUCGAAAAGUUUCACUCAGUCAACGACUUUGAUUGCACAUCUUAGAGCGCACAACGGAAUCAAGCCUUACGUUUGCGAAGUUUGCUCGAGACCUUUCACGACAAAUGCUUAUCUAAAGAUGCAUAUGAGAACGCAUACGCAGGAGAGACCUUAUAAAUGUCAGGUCUGUAGUAAGGCUUUCGCUAGAGCUGAUACCUUGGCUAAUCAUCUGACCUCUCACACUGGAGAGGCCAAGUACCACUGCAAAUUCUGUCCGAAGAACUUCAGAAGAUUGAAGUCUCUGAAGGAACACGUGUUUAUCCACACGGGACAGAGACCUUACGCUUGUCCGACUUGCGAUCGCAGGUUCAAUAAUAAUGGAAGUCGAUAUGCGCACAGUAAAAGAUGCAAACAAAACUUGCUGCAGAAUCAGAGUCGGGUUCAAAUUUUACCACCACCACCUCUUCAGAUGCAACAGAGGAUACAUCAAAGCCUCGUCCAGUCGCCAAUGAUCAAGUCGCAAAAUAUUAAGACGAUCACGAUUGCCAGACAGGAGCCCAUGACAACUCAACAGGUUCUGCAGCAUCAGGAAAUUCUAAUGCCACUCAUUUUACCCUUGACAGUGACGCUCGCCGACGUGGGGGAGGAAGUAAUUCUACCGGAAGGUACCAAGAUCUUCACCACAUCUUAAUUUGAAUAGAAUUCCGGGGAAUGAUGCGUUUUCUGUGAAAAUAAGUUACAAGUUUCCUGGACAAGUUCAUCUUGACUUCUGAGUACGACUUGUGUGCGAUAAAUGUCCUUUGUCAAAACAAGAAGGAUCCAACAGACGUUGAAAGAAAGCGAGAGUGAGAUACCUUCCAUUUUUCAAUACCUUUUUCGUAGCUUUAUAAGGGUGAGAGAAUAGACACUGUGAAAGUAGUUCAAAAGGAGGAGAAAAUAUAUAGUAGUUGAAUUCUAGCAGUUGCUUGAAUUAAAAUUAGGGGGUUUGUUUUUUCAUGUGACGAAAAUCUAAAAGUGAUCUUUUUAUUAAUUAAGGUAAAAAAAAGCGAUUGCUAGAAACUCACUACAUAUUGGAUACAGUCUCUUGUAGUUCAUACAUUUUUCUUCAAUGAAAUUUUCCCUACAAGAAAAGAUUAACGAUUGAAUUACUUUAUAAGAGAUUACUUUUUGUUAAUUUCAUUUUUCAGAUCUAAACAGCUUUAUUGCAGAAUGACUGGGAAUUAUUGUCAUUCGACACACUCAUAUUAAAGCAAUGUGAAAUGAAAGCUUGAAAAAAUUAUGCUUAAUUUGAGAAUAUGUUUGUUUAUUACACUUAUAAUUUUAAUUCAUAAAGUUUCAUGAGUUUAUGACCUUCCUGUUUGUUCAAAUUUGAUUGAAAGGUGGAAAUUUGGCUUAUGGAUGAAACUUGUUUUUUUUUUUUUGCUAGAUUUAUGAUGGGGAAUAACUUACAAGUUACAAUACAAAAUAUGGACUAAAGACGAUGUCAGGGUACAGUACUAAACCACCUGACGGCUCAGCUUAAUCUUCCUAUUGUAAAACGCUCGAACUCGAGCUAAAACUUUGUAUGUAAUUCUGUAUACAGUUCUUGGAUAAUUUAUUAACGUAUUCAACUGCGUAGAUAUCUGAGCAACUAUUAUACUGACUAUUAAAAAUGACCAUUUCUUUUUCAAGAUUAAGAUAAAAAAGAAUGUAGAAGAUUUUUAGG